AUGGCAAGAGCAAAGAGAGCGGCGUGUUUAUUAUUCAAACACAAGAAAAGAAAGUCUUCUUCAUCGGACGUUGAGGAUAUUGAAACAAAGAAGAGAAAACAAGUAUCGGAUCUCAUUAAAGAAGCUUUGAGUGAUGCCAAGAACGGACGAGAUCCAGACUAUAGCAAUGUAUCCGCCGAAGUACAAGAAUGGAUUGUACAAGACCGCAAAAGAAGGGAAAAUGAUGUAUCAUCAUCAACAACGAAUCAGCCUACUGAAAUUGAUUCUACCUCCUUGUCUUUACUUCGCUCAUUGCCUCGAGAUGUGCUUUAUGAUAUUAUUGAUUUUAUUCCAACCUUUUCAACAAGAAAUUGUCUCAGAGAAACAUUUGAGAAUAUCAAACACAACUCUGUAUCUACAGGAGUAUCCACUGAGGAACUCCUGUCAUAUAUUUGUGAUCCUUUGAAUCCAAUUGAGUUGAACAAGAGAAGAGUUUUUGAUUGUGCCAUGGUAAGAGACAGCAGUUUUGUUACAUUCCACAAGAUGCGUUUGGUUUGUAGAGAAUAUGCAAUUCGUAUGAAGCACAAACUCUUUUCCUGUGAGAGCAUUGACUUGUCCAUGUUCGAUUUGGAUGAUUUUGAGAUUGCAAAAUACUUUUUUGCAUUCAUCAAAGGCCAGAGCCAGUAUUUAACAAAUAAGGAUCAUUCAGACAAUGAUCCCCUCAUGUAUCAAUGUGUAUCAAUGUUCGAUUCACUCACAGAAGAAGAAAUAGAAUCAAAGGAAAAGAAGGAAGCAUCAGAAGAAUCCGAGAAUUCAAAAAUCGACAAGGACACAAACCCUGAAACGAUGGAUGUUAGUGAUGAUUCAAAAGUGGACAGUUCCAAUCUCGAUAAUAAUAAUAAUGGUCAUACCACUGCAGCACCAUCUUCAAGCGGGGCUGGUGAUGUUUCUGAGAGUAGUAGUGACUCUGAAUCAAAACUCGCCGAAGAAGAAGUGAUUCACCCUUUGUCCUGCCAUUCCAUGAGAUCGCUCUAUAUUCGAAGUGCUCCCAUUGAGCUGGCAUCCACACAUGAACUGUUUGAUAACGAGGAUGUAAAGACUCCAAACGUGAAAGAAACUGUUCAAUAUAUUGGAACGAACAAAUAUUUGAAAUCCUUGGUAAUUUGUGCUAGAGAUCCUGGAACAAUACAAAUCAUUCUCCGUUGUUGCACAGAAUUAGCCUCUCUGACCUUUUUUGAUGCUGCUCCCGAGCUCGGUGAUGUGAGACAUUAUGACACCAUGGCCGAGGAUCAAAGCGUUUUGGCUCUUAUUUAUGAUGAAACGGCUACUCGUACUUUUACUUAUCCCUCUUUGAAAACGUUGACUUUGGACGCCCUCAAUGAAGAGAUUUAUAUCUUUGCUGAUCAUUUCGACAGUAUGCUCCAUAUGUUUCCAAAUCUGACACAUGUUGUUUUUAACCAUGCAAAUAGUGAAAUCGAGGAUUACGUUGAUGACAUUGAUGCUCCUGAAAAAAAGAAUAUCUCGUUUUAUGUGAAUGGUACUAAGGUUCGUGAUUGCAACCUACCAAACAGAGGAAGAAACAAGGCUCCGCAAGAACGUGUCAAUGUUUACUUUACAACCCUUUCCAGUGUAACACCGGAACAGUUAGCCGAAAGAUUGUUGAAGUCUUCCGUCGGUAGUGAUGUAGUUCGAAUCAUUCACGAAGUAUUUAAUUUAGCACUCUUUACUGAUAUGGCACUAUUGAAACGGUUCAUGGAUUGUCUUUUCAGAGAUGGAUUGUAUCCAAUUGAAGAAGUAGAUUUGACAUAUCAUGAAUAUGAACAAAAACAUUAUUCACAAAUUCGAGAAUAUAUGAUUUAUCUAGCGAAUACUUAUCAAAACGGUAGAUUCGCUAAUGCAUUCUCAACAUCAAGCGUUUUAGAUGCUUUACGACUUGGCCUGAGAGUGCAGCAUUGGGACGAAAUCUUGUUUAGAUUACCUCACGAUGAAUUGGUCGAUGUGAUGGAACAUGUCAAAACAAAAUAUGGAAAUGACGAGAAAUUUGCAAAAUUAGUUCGUGCCGUCAUUUUGAGACAUUUAAGAGAACCAAAUUAUGAAGCAUCAUCUCCAAUUCUGUUGAAUACUCUCAAAUACUUGUCUGAACAUACCAAACCUCAAGUGAACGAUAUGAUCUACAAUAUUUUCAAGCCUGUCAAGUGCCUUUUCGUAAAGAAAGAUCUUGAAAAAGUCACGAGCGAGAAAACUAUGCACGUUCCAUUCAUAUCUUAUGCCCUUGCAUUUUCUAAUUAUUUGAUACAACCAUCCAUUUUGAACUUUAUUUCUCCUGAAGAAUUGCUCUACCAAAACGAAAAUGGUGAUACAUGUCUCCAUUGCUUUUUGGGUGCUUCAUCAGAUUUGUUUUUGGAUCAAAUUCUGGCAAAACAACCCAAGCUUGCACAAUGUUCAAACAAACAGAACAGGGGAAUUGUUUUCAUGUUUGAAGACGAUGUUUCUGCCUUGUUUAGAUUGGCCAAGUAUUACAAUGCUGACCUGUAUCAGGUUGACAUUUUAGGAAAGCGCCCAGCCGAGAACUUUCCAGAAUUGUUGAGACAGGUUGAAUUGGCUCUUUCUGUUAAGCCGUUGUUGUUGUGA